CCUGGAGAGGGGGAGGAACCUCUCUGAAGGAAAGUUUUAGCGCCACCUUCAGCCUGGUUCUCUGAUGUUCACUAAGGAAACAGAGAACUACUACUUCCUCCGUUCCCGAGUUGAUAUUUUUCUUUAGCUGCCGGGCAGUGGUUAAAAACAAAGCGAAACAUUCUGGGAGUUACAGUUCUAGCGCUCCUUGGACCUCGCGGUCUAAGCAAGGGCUCUCUGCAGAGCCCCUCCUGGCUCGCGUGCUUUCGGGACUGUUCUGGACCGUUGGAAGGGAUUGGCCUGGGCUAAAGUAUCUAAAGACCCUAGGAUUGCUGCAGGUCAACAGUCCCCACUGGAGAAAAAAAUCUUGGUUCCUAGAGGUGGGCACCAGCCAGCGGCUAGAAACAGGGUGAAGCAGAAGGCAGACGACGCCUUCAGAGCCCCAACCUGGCGUUACUGAACAGUGGGUGCUGAGCCAAGGGUGACCAGCUUCCUGAACUCUGCGGCCUAGGCUUGGAGGGAAUCAGAGAUGUUCUCAGCUGUGGAAGAGGAGAAUUUGGACAGCAGGACAAAGAAGGAAGACAGCCCCCUGGAGCAGAUACCUUUGCCACCAGAGGCCACAUCAAACCCUGGGGCCUUUUCAAAGUCUCUCCAUCUGCUCAGUCACUGGAAGGUAGACAGCCCCAGGAAGGAGCCCAGUCAGCCUUGGGGGCCAGGCCAGGAGUGGAUAAAGCUAGAAAGAGACAUCAGGGAAGAGAAGGUGUUUGACCUGCUGAAGCCAAUUGAACCUGUACAGAAGCUGCUCCCUCAGGUGGAUGAGGAGGCCCUGCAGGAAGCCGUGAAGGGAGAAUGCUGGUGGAAGGCGUGGGUGAAGAAGCCAGUCACCUCUGAGGAUGUGGCAGUGAAUUUCACCCAGGAAGAGUGGGAAUGUCUAGAUGCCAGUCAGAGGGUACUCUACCAGGACGUUAUGUCAGAGACCUUCAGAAACCUGAUGUCUGUGGAUCUGAUCGCCAAGUUUGAACAAGAAGAGAAACAGUGGAGAGCAGAUCUCCGUCCCCCAAACGGAGAAGGCCUUCAUUCAGGAGGCACGAGAGAGGAACUUAAAGAACAGAGUCAGAGUUUGGGAGAUGAGGGAAAUAGCGAUGACAAGAAGGUCUCCCUUGCUCGCAGAAGGGCAGGCCCAUCCUCUGCUCCAGCUGGGUCCCUGGACAGGACACCAGUGUUCCCAGCAUCCUGGGCUGGGCCACCCUUUACCUGCCAUACCUGUGGCAGGUGCUUCAGCAAGCGCUCCAGCCUGUACAACCACCAGUUUGUUCACAGCUGCGGCCAGUGUGGGAAGUCCUUCCUGAACCCCAAGGACCUCAGCUACCACCGGCGCAAGCACCUUGGGGAGAGGCCCUUCUGCUGCUCGCUCUGUGACAAGACCUACUGUGAUGCUUCUGGACUGAGCCGUCACCGCCGUGUCCAUCUGGGUUACCGGCCCCAUUCGUGUCCCUUCUGUGGGAAGUGCUUUCGGGACCAGUCUGAGCUCAAACGCCACCAGAAGAUACACCAAGGCCAGGAGCUGGGGGCUGGAAACCAGAAGCAUAUCGUGAAGAUUCCAGACAACACAGCUGGAUUCCAGGGGCUGGCAACUGCGAACAAUGCACCAGUGGCCGGGACCCAAGGACCCUCAUUUAAAACCACGGGUCCCGAGGCUCAGACCCAGCCACCUAUAGACAGGAGCCAGGCACCUGCGACCAAGAACCAGGUAAUCACUGGGAAGGCUCAGCUCCCAGUCGUUACAACCCCAGAGCCUGUGACCAGGACCCAGGCAGCCAACAAGAGAGCCGCCCGCCUGGAUACCAAGUCCAGCUCUCACCCAGGAAAGCCUUCAAGACUCAAGGUCUUCUCUUGCCCUCAUUGUCCCUUGACUUUUAGCAAGAAAAUCUGUCUCUCCAGCCACCAGAAGGCCCACUUCACAGAGCAGUCCAACCGCUGCUUCCACUGCGGCAAGUCCUUCACUUUAUUCUCUGGGCUGGUCAGGCACCAGCAGACUCACUGGAAGCAGAAGCUCUACUGUUGCCCUAUCUGCGACGUCUGCUUUGGGGAGAAAGAGGACCUUCUGGGUCACUGGGGGGGCUACAGGGGCAAGGGGCUCUGCCUGGGCAGUCCCCAUAAAUGCUGGGCGAUCCUGGGUCAGUGGCUUGGCUUCUUUCCCGAUGCCUCCACUGUGGCAGGGGAGGAGGUGGAUCUUUCUCCUGGAUCCAUACCCUCAGGAGAGGGAAGGAAGGGAGGGGAGAAGGCAGCAGAGGAAAGAAAGCAGAUAAGGCAGUGAAGGUCUUGGAAUGUAAAUAAAUGG